AUUGGUAAUCCUAUAUAUAAAAUCACUCAAACUGUUAAAUGUAACUGCUCGAAUCAGUUGAUAUCAUAAUCUACAACUGAUCAUGUGAGAUUAUACAUAGAUGAGCUCCCUUAAUGAAGGCCUAUUCCAUUUCAUAAAGUAGAGAAGAGAUAAUGUUCAUCUUUCUUCUUCCUUUAUUUUCUUAAUUUCUAUAACCGAUGAGAAGGCAAAGCAAGUCUCUCUAGCUAGAAAUGAACGUGAAGGAAAUCAUGAAUGGUAGUGGAGCUGGAAACACAAAUUGGGUUGUUAAGGAAGAUGUCAACAAUGAUGUGAGCGAUUCAAUAUUCAAUAAUGGAUCAAUCUCAGAUGAUUCAAUGAACUCUGUGUGUUUAUAUUCUUCAUCAAAAUUGGCUGAGGAUGCAUCAUCCUCUUCAACUUCUUAUUUAUCAGCCUCAUCAUCUUCAUCAACACAUUCAAAUAACCCUUUGUUUGAAUUAUCAGAGCUGAUGAAUCAACUCCCAUUAAAGAGAGGCUUGUCUAUGUUUUACCAAGGGAAGGCUCAAUCUUUCAGUUCUCUAGCGAACGUGGAGAGCAUAAAAGAUCUUCCUAAGAAAGAGAAACCUUACAGGAAGAAAAUCAAAUCAUGCAAUAGCCAUACAAUAGCAAAGAAAGCUUCAAGAGGAACUUUUGUAUCUGUGCUAGCUAAAAGGAGAGAGUUUCCUUGGAGGGUCUAGACCUUCCUUCUGCACAUAUAUAAAAACUUUUGAAAUCCAAUCUUGUUAAUUAGAGAGCUUGAUAUUUCAUGCACAAAAUGGGGAAAAUUUUGAAUCCCCCUCGUCUUCAGCUCUGACAUAAAAUCAUAUAUAUUAUACGCAUAUGAUUCAAUGAUUCA